CUUUGUAUAGUGUUUGUAUACUAAAAUUGCGGCUAGCAAGCGAUUUAAUUAUUAUACAUUAUUAUUAUUUCUCGGAAGUAAGAUAAAAUUUAGUUGCUUUCGAGAAUUGUGAGGCUUCACUUGCUUAUAAUGUUUCGUAGACUUGUUAUCGUUUUAUGGCUCAACUUUGCAUUUGUUGCAAGUCGAAUUUUUGUGCCAACUAUACGAAUACUUAAUACUCCCAAGGAGGGUUUUCAAUUGACGCCAAAUCCCGGAGGUUAUCAAUUGCAAAUAAUACGAAAAGACGAUUAUGUCGAUGAACUUGUAAGAGAGAUUGAGCCCGGGGAAUUACAAAUACAAGGUAUCUAUGAGCAAAAAUAUGACAACAAUGUCACCUUGUUGGUCAACUAUAUAGUGGAUUAUACUGGAUAUGGGGCCUAUUGGGAAAUCAGAAAUAAGGAGAAUAAUUUUCAUGUAAUCGAUUUCGCAAGCCAUAGCAAAGACAUUGAUCAUUACGAUGAAGAUGGUAAUCCGAUAUUAGAUACCACCAUCUCAGCAACAUGUCUUAAGUGUCUUACAGGUUAAGCCUGUAAUGUCUUAGACUAUUCUCUAAUGAAUACAUC